UCCGGGGCUGUUUCCGUCUCGGGUUUGGGGACUGGAGCCGGCCCGCGGAUUCCUGAGCUUCUGUGGCUCCGGGUCCCAGGCGGCACAGAGUCAGCCCCCUCCCGGCGCGUCCCGUUCCGAACAGGAGCUUGGCCGGCUGAGCCCCCACGCCUGCUCGGAACAGCGCGGGAUGGCUGGCCGGUUCCGGAAGGCUUCGUGUUGGGUGGAAUUCAUAGCUGUCCAGGAUGAUUUGAAAGUUAUGUAGGGAUUAUUGUCAUUCAAGGAUAUAUCUAUGGAGUUCACCUGGGAAGAGUGGCAGUUGCUGGAUUCUGCACAGAAGUACCUGUACAGGGAUGUGAUCCUGGAGAACUAUAGCCACCUGGUGUCUCUGGGGUAUCAUGGUACCAAACCUGAUUUAAUCUUCAAGUUGGAGCAAGGAGAAGAGCCGUGGAUGAUAAAUGCCAAAGUUUCCCGCCAGAGCUAUCCAGAAGGUUGGAAAGAGUGGUACCAGAAAAGUCAAGAUGAGUUUGAAAAUGUCGAGAGAAAUUAUGCUUGUGGCGCGUUUGGAAAACGUCAUCUGAGCAGAAUCCAUGUUUCUUCAAGACAAAGAAUCCAUAAGUACAACACACAUGGAAAAAGUCUGACACAAAACUCAGGUUCAGCCAAAAGCUGUCUGAGAAAAAAUCCUGAUAAAUUCCAUGGAUAUGAAGAAUCCUAUUUUCUUAAGCAUCAAAGAGCUCACAGUAUAGAAAAGAACUGUGUGUGUAAUGAAUGUGGAAAAGCUUUUCGUUGUAAAUCACAGCUGAUCGUCCAUCUCAGAAUUCACACGGGAGAGAGACCUUACGAAUGCACCAAGUGUGAAAGGGCGUUUAGUGCCAAGUCAAACCUUAACGCUCAUCAGAGAGUCCACACAGGAGAAAAGCCCUACUCCUGUAGUGACUGUGGGAAGGUAUUCUCCUUCAGGUCACAGCUCAUCGUCCAUCAGGAAAUUCACACAGGAGGGAAACCUUAUGGCUGCAGUGAAUGUGGGAAAGCCUACAGCUGGAAGUCACAGCUUAUCUUACACCAGAGAAGCCACACAGGAGUGAAACCUUAUGAAUGUGGUGAGUGUGGGAAAGCCUUUAGUUUGAAGUCACCAUUUGUUGUACACCAGAGGACUCACACAGGAGUGAAGCCUCAUAAAUGCAGUGAAUGUGGGAAAGCUUUUAGGAGUAAGUCAUACCUCCUGGUUCACAUCAGAAUGCACACAGGGGAGAAACCCUAUCAGUGCAGCGAUUGUGGGAAAGCCUUCAACAUGAAGACACAACUUGUUGUUCACCAGGGAAUCCACACGGGAAAUAAUCCUUAUCAGUGCAGUGAAUGUGGGAAAGCCUUUGGUAGGAAGGAACAACUUACCGCACAUCUGAGAGCACAUGCAGGUGAGAAGCCCUAUGGGUGCACUGAGUGUGGGAAGGCUUUCAGCAGCAAAUCAUACCUUGUGAUACACAGGAGAACACACACAGGAGAAAGACCCUAUGAAUGUAGUUUCUGUGAGAGAGCCUUUUGUGGGAAAUCCCAGCUCAUCAUACACCAGAGAACGCACUCAACAGAGAAGCCAUAUGAAUGCAGCGAAUGUGAGAAAGCCUAUCCCAGGAAGGCGUCACUUCAGAUACACCAGAAAACUCACUCAGGAGAGAAACCUUUUAAGUGUGGUGAAUGUGGAAAGGCCUUCACUCAGAAGUCGUCCCUCAGUGAGCAUCAGAGAGUUCACACUGGAGAAAAACCAUGGAAAUGCUCUGAAUGUGGGAAAUCUUUCUGUUGGAAUUCAGGGCUUCGUAUACAUCGAAAAACUCACAAGUGAAACAUUAGAAGGAAGUAGAUGUUAAGAACUUUCUCACCGACAUGGAUCCUCAGGAGACUUUAGGUGAUGUUAUAGAUGGGAUGCACAAGCAGGAAGUCCUAAAAACAGAGUUAGAGACCGUCCUAUAUGGAAUGAAGGGGCAAAAGCUUUCAGAAAUAAGUCCUAUGAGUCUCUGUGGACGAGACCUGAGGGAAUGAGGAGCAGUAACUAUGAAAUGAGGUAGCAUCAUUAUAAAGGUAAAAUCUGGAGAAUUCAUAUCUAAAACUUUCCAAAUUUAAUAAAUCAGGAAAGCAUUUUCCCAUAUGAAAUGUGUUAUGUGUGGAGAGUCACAUUCCAGAUUUGAAGCUAUGUUUUAGAGUGAAGAAAACCUCAACUUUAAAUGGUAGAUUUUUUUCAUGAUGGAGUAUAAAGUUGUGUUUUAUUUUAAAAUGUAAAUAAAGCAGCAGUCAGGAAAACAGCAAGAAACAUAUUCUCAAGGUUAGGGGAUAUUUAGUGUGACUUUCCUGAGUAACAAUAGCAUUUUUAAAAAUUUCAGUAUUUUAUUUUUUAAUGUAACUUGUUACACAUAUAUUUGGUAGUUUGUGGAAUAACAUCUCCUAAUAUUCUCCAUAUUAAAUGAUAAAUAUCA